AUGUUUUAGGACUCAGUGGCCAUUGAGGAUGUGGCUGUGAUCUUCACCCCAGAGGAGUGGGCUUUACUGGAUCCUUCACAGAAGAAACUCUACAGAGAUGUGAUGUUGGAAACCUUCAGGAACCUGGCCUCUAUAGGAAAAACAUGGAAAGAACAUGAUAUUGAAGAUCAAUACAAAAAUGAGAUGAGAAAACUAAGAUGUCAUAUGGUGGAGAGACUCUGUGAAAGUGAAGAGGGUAGUCAAUGUGGAGAAAAUUUCAGCCUUAUUCCAAAUCUUAAUCUGAACAACAAAACUACAGGAGCUACACCAUGUAAAUGCAGUGCAUGUGGAAAAGUCUUCAUGCAUCAUUCAUCCCUUAAAAGGCACGUUAGAUGUCACACUGAACAGAAAGCAUAUGAUGAUCAAAAAUAUGGAGAGAAGCCAUAUAAAUGUAAGGAAUGUGGAAAAGCAUUCCCUUUUUGCAAGUCUCUUAGAAGACAUGAAAGAAUUCAUACUGGAGAUAAAUUUUAUGAAUGUAAAAAAUGCUGUAAAGCAUUCACUUCUUCAAGUUAUCUUCGAAUACAUGAAAGAAUUCAUACUGGAGAGAAACCCUAUGAAUGUAAGGAAUGUGGGAAAGCCUUUACAAAUCCCUCAAGUCUUCGAUCACACGUGAUCUUUCACACUGGAGAUGGACCUUAUAAGUGUAAGGAAUGUGAGAAAGUAUUCAUUACUCCCAGUGCAUUUCGAAGACAUGAAAGGAGUCACACUGGGGAGAAACCCUACAAAUGUAAGGAAUGUGGGAAAGCCUUUAAUUAUCCGUCAAGCUUUCAGUCACACAUGAUCACUCACACUGGAGAUGGACCUUAUAAAUGUAAGGAAUGUGGGAAAGCCUUCCCUUUUCCCAGUUUACUUAGAGUACAUGGAAGAAUUCAUAGUGGAGAGAAACCCUUUGAAUGUAAAAUAUGUGGUAAAGCCUUCAGGUUUUCCAAUAAUGUUCAAUUACAUGAAAGAACUCACACUGGAGAGAAACCCUAUGAAUGUAAAACAUGUGGUAAAGCCUUCAGGUUUUCCAGUAAUGUUCAAGUACAUGAAAGAAUUCAUACAGGAGAGAAACCCUAUGAAUGUAAAAAAUGCAGUAAAGCAUUCAUUUCUUCCAGUUCUCUUCGACAACGUGAAAGAAAUCAUACUGGAGAGAAACUCUAUGAAUGUAAAAAAUGCAGUAAAGCAUUCACUUUUUCAAGUUCUCUUCAAUUACAUGAAAGAAUUCAUACUGGAGAGAAACCCUAUGAAUGCAAAAAUUGCAACAAAGCAUUCACUUUUUCCAGUUCUCUCCGAAGACAUGAAAGAAUUCAUACAAGAGAGAAACCCUAUGAAUGUAAAAAAUGCAGUAAAGUAUUUACUUCUUCUAGUUCUCUUUGA